AUGGAAGCUGAGCCAGAGCGAAGAAGACUGAGAGUUCGAAAGCCUCUCUCAGAUUGCACCAACACUAUAGCCAAUACCAAGACCAGCACCAACACCAACGCCACAGCCACCUCUUCUCAAUCGUCGUCAGCCUCCACCGCCACACUCAAACGCCUGAAUCCCAAGCUCUCCUCGGCCACCAAGACCCUCGUCGCCGCUUUAAACCCUAAGCCCUCUGCUCCGCCGCCCCCAAUUCCUUCCACGCCUUCUCGCCCUCCUCCCAUUUCGACCUCUUCUUCUGGUACCAGUGACUCUGACGGUUUUGAGGCUUGUUCAGUGUACACUCGGAGACAGACUGCACUGAAAAGGAAGAGUAAAGACAAGGAAAACACUGUACCUUUUAGUUGUCCCCCUGCACCAAAGAUCCGGAAUAUAUUGGGUAAAUUGAAGGAAGACGGACAUAACAGUCUAUCAAAGGAAUCCACUGCUCCUCGCAAAAAGAAGCAGUGUGCGGUACCAGCUGGGAAAGAUGUUUCCAUGCAUGCCUUGCCACAAGAUUUCAUUGAAAAGCAGAGAGCGUACUUUGCCGAGAUUGAUGCAUUUGAACUGCCAGAAGAGGAGGUCGAUUCAGUAGAUUAG